UUUUUUUUAUCUAUUUUCUUUUAUUUCCUUCUUCUUUUUUUAUAAUCAUGACUGACGCACCAAAGAAAUUAUGGGGAGGACGAUUUUCGGGUACUGUAGACCCUCUUAUGGAUGCCUUUAAUGCCUCUAUUCAUUUUGAUAAACGUAUGUAUGCAGCUGAUUGUAUGGGCUCUAUGGCUUAUGCUAAGGCCCUGGCCAAGAACAAGAUUAUUUCAGAAUCAGAACGUGACCAACUCCUUGAAGGUUUAGCAACUGUCAUGGAAGAGUGGGAAACAGGCAAAUUUGUCAUCAAGCCUGGAGAUGAAGAUAUUCAUACUGCGAAUGAACGUCGUCUUGGUGAAUUGAUAGGUUCUGUUGCUGGAAAGCUGCAUACAGGUAGAUCACGUAAUGAUCAAGUAGCGACAGAUAUGCGUCUUUGGUUGCGUGAUGAAUGUAUCAAGAUCUUGGCUCAUGUAAAGGAACUUAUCGCUAUUACAGUUGCACGUGCUGAAAAGGAAAUAGACGUGAUCAUGCCUGGUUAUACGCAUCUUCAACGAGCUCAACCUAUACGUUGGUCUCAUUUCUUAUUGUCUUAUGCCUGGUUAUGGCAAUCAGAUGCAGAUCGAUUAGAGCAACUGAUAGAUCGUUUUAAUGUCUUACCUUUAGGAAGUGGUGCCCUGGCUGGACAUGCGUUCAAGAUUGAUCGUGCAUUUUUAGCCAAGGAAUUAGGGUUCCGUGAUAUAAUCUAUAAUUCAUUAUAUGCUGUUAGUGAUCGUGAUUUUGUUGCUGAAUUUUUAUUUUGGUCUAACCUAAUGAUGACUCAUAUCUCACGUAUUGCAGAAGAUUUAAUUAUUUAUUCCUCUGGUGAAUUUGGUUUUGUUCGUUUAGCUGAUGCCUAUAGUACAGGCUCUAGUUUAAUGCCUCAAAAGAAGAAUCCUGAUAGUUUAGAAUUAUUACGUGGUAAAUGUGGACGUGUAUUUGGCAAUAUGUCUGGAUUCAUGAUGACAUAUAAAGGUAUUCCUAGUACAUAUAAUAAAGAUCUUCAAGAAGAUAAAGAACCUAUGUUUGAUGCUGCUGAUACAUUGUCUGGUUCCCUUCAGAUUACAGCAGGUGUGCUGAGUACGAUGGAUAUCUCCCCUAACAAGAUGCGUGCAAGCUUAAGUGCUGAUAUGCUGGCGACUGAUUUAGCGGAAUAUCUUGUUCGUAAGGGCGUCCCAUUCCGUGAGACACAUCAUAUCUCUGGUGCAGCAGUUAAAAUGGCAGAGGAUCGUUCAUGCUCUCUGAGUGAUUUAUCUGUAAAUGAUCUCAAGUCAUUGCAUCCUUCCUUUGAUAGCGAUGUUUCUUCUGUUUGGAAUUUUGAGACCUCUAUUGAAAACCGUAAUGCUCCUGGAGGAACUGCUAAAUCUUCCGUAUUAGAACAAAUCAAUCUUCUCAAGUCUUGGUUAGCCAACAAAAAAAGCAAUAAAUCUUAUAAAUGCAUAACUAUUUGAUAUAUGUAUAAAUAUAUACAUAUAUUUAUAUAUAAAUAUAUAUUUU